GGAACACUGUAGUGAAGGAAAAGGCAGCAAACAUUUGAAAACAUGGAGGAUAAGUUACAAAUACUGAAGUUCGACAAGCCGUGGUAUGUUAUGGUGGAAGACCAUGAAAUGUGUCAGAGCAUUUUUGACGAUCUUCUUGAAAAAGUGGAUAGAGAGAUUGCUAUCAAAAACAAACUGGACGCUCUAAUGGCAAGAGCGCAGGAAAGGCAAAGGAGGUAUGAAAUUCUCAAGUUUGAUAGACCGUGGUGCGAAAUGGUGGAGGAACCAGAAAUAUGCGAGAGCAUUUUUGACGAUCUUCUUGAAAAAGUGGAUAGAGAGAUUGCUAUCAAAAACAAACUGGACGCUCUAAUGGCAAGAGCGCAGGAAAGGCAAAGGAGGUAUGAAAUUCUCAAGUUUGAUAGACCGUGGUGCGAAAUGGUGGAGGAACCAGAAAUAUGCGAGAGCAUUUUUGACGAUCUUCUUGAAAAAGUGGAUAGAGAGAUUGCUAUCAAAAACAAACUGGACGCUCUAAUGGCAAGAGCGCAGGAAAGGCAAAGGAGGUAUGAAAUUCUCAAGUUUGAUAGACCGUGGUGCGAAAUGGUGGAGGAACCAGAAAUAUGCGAGAGCAUUUUUGACGAUCUUCUUGAAAAAGUGGAUAGAGAGAUUGCUAUCAAAAACAAACUGGACGCUCUAAUGGCAAGAGCGCAGGAAAGGCAAAGGAGGUAUGAAAUUCUCAAGUUUGAUAGACCGUGGUGCGAAAUGGUGGAGGAACCAGAAAUAUGCGAGAGCAUUUUUGACGAUCUUCUUGAAAAAGUGGAUAGAGAGAUUGCUAUCAAAAACAAACUGGACGCUCUAAUGGCAAGAGCGCAGGAAAGGCAAAGGAGGUAUGAAAUUCUCAAGUUUGAUAGACCGUGGUGCGAAAUGGUGGAGGAACCAGAAAUAUGCGAGAGCAUUUUUGACGAUCUUCUUGAAAAAGUGGAUAGAGAGAUUGCUAUCAAAAACAAACUGGACGCUCUAAUGGCAAGAGCACAGGAAAGGCAAAGGAGGUAUGAAAUUCUCAAGUUUGAUAGACCGUGGUGCGAAAUGGUGGAGGAACCAGAAAUAUGCGAGGAUAUACUCGAUGACUUGACCACGGGAGUGGAGACAGAGGACGACACACAACAUUUUAAACACGUGAUGGCUACCGUUCUUGAUGAGUUAAAGUCGAAAAUACCCGUUCUUCAAGAACAAGAGACGACCUUGUUAAAGAAAGAUGCUUCAAUGAAAGACACAAACGCUGAUAUAAAGAAGACAGAUAAUACUUUAAGUGUCGUCACUCGUAGAACAUUUUUCCAGAACAUGAAGAAAAGGCUCCGCAAGAUGUUCUUCAGUUGUUGUAUGAAGCAAGGAGAAGACUGUGAUACUUGUUAAAUAUCUGUUCCUGUCUUUCGUAUUUGAACGAUUUGUAAUUUUUUUAAGCAUUUGACAUUGUCCCUAAAUAUACA